AUGCUGUCCGCUCUGGAGGCCAAGACCCAGCUGCUGUCUAGCUUUCACCCCCAGACCGCCGGCCAGACUGAGCGGACGAGCCAGGAGUCGGCAAAGACACUGCACUGCCUGGUGGAGAAAUCCCUGCCCUCCUGGGAGGCCUCGCUCCCCUGGCGGACAUCAAGGGCACUGUGUGCCUGUCGCCAGUGCAUCUCUGUUGAGGAUGAAGACCCCUGGUUCAGGAAGCGCUUUAACACGUCCAUAUCGCCACUCUUGUCACAGAAGAACGCCAUGCUGUCUGACGACACCUUUAAAUGGUGGCAGAGGCUACAGACUAAGCAAAAUGCCAACUACAGUGCUGUGGUGCAGAAACUAUUCCAGGUCGUCCCUGGGGAGGGACAUUAUAACGACUCAGGGCCCAAUCGCUGCAGGACUUGCGCUGUAGUAGGGAAUUCUGGGAACCUCAAGGGAUCUGAUUACGGAGCCCUCAUUGACUCCAAUGACUUCAUCAUAAGAAUGAACAAAGCUCCCAUUUUGGGCUAUGAAAAGGACGUAGGGAACAGAACCACCCAUCGUGUCAUGUACCCAGAAAGUGCCACAAACCUGCAAAAGGACACGAGCCUGCUGCUGAUACCAUUCAAGACUUUGGAUCUGGAGUGGAUCACUAGUGCUCUGACCACAGGCACUGUGAAACGCACCCGGAUGCCGGUGAUGGCCAAGAUUAAUGCAGACAAGAAUAAGGUGUUAAUAUACAACCCCACGUUCUUAAAGUACGUCUAUGAUGUUUGGCUUGAACGCCAUGGGAAAUAUCCCUCCACCGGCUUCUCAACCUUGAUGUUCGCCAUCCACGUAUGUGAUGAGGUGAAUGUUUUUGGAUUUGGAGCAUCCAAAGAUGGAACCUGGCAGCAUUACUGGGAGAAAAACAAAUUUAAACGUACAAAGCCAACCGGAGUGCAUGCUGGAGACUAUGAGUCCAUCGUCAUGAAGCUUCUUGCCUGUGAAAAAAAAUUGAAGUUGUUUGAAGGGAGAUGA